AUGUUAGGUACUGCUCUCUUCGUCGAAAAUCUUCCUCGGGUCACAGCACGAGACAACGAAAUUCUAAUCGACGUGCUCUACUCGAGAGUCAACCUUGCGGAUCUCAAGAUAGUACACUUUCUCAACUACCGAAGCUCUGUCCCUGAAACCGACUUCUGCGGACAGAUCCUAGACUGUUCCGCGCUUGUCAACUCCGAGUUCGAAGUCAGCGACAUCGUGGCCGGGCAGACUGUUCCCCAAGGAGACCAAUCCAAGGAGUACGGCUCUCAUAAGCCGCGCCUCUCCACGCCCCAAACCCACUCCGACGCCGCAGCCAUAACCACCGUCAGCCACACUGCCAGCGACGCGUUGUACAACAACUUCGAACUUCCCCUCCCAGGAUCUAGCUCUCACGUAGUGGGGGGCACGCUAGUUCUAGCCCGUACCAGCGGUAUCACCAACAUCAUCACCACGGCAUCUCCUUCCCGUCAUGAUCUUCUUCGAGGACUCGGUGCAACCGAAUGUUUUGAUUACAAGGACGCCAAUGUCUCAGACAAGGUCAAACAAUCAGUCAUCAAAGCAGGCCGCUCUCGCGUCUGGGGAUUCGAGACGUCGGGGUCGCCAGAGUCAAGUCAGCUGCUCCUCGAUGCCCUUUACGGCAUCGCCGGCGACGUUCAGUAUUCCUGGGUCAACGCAGCGGGCGCGCAGCGUCCGCCAAUAGAAGCUGUCCUCGGAACACGAGACUACGAAAUUGUCUUUGAGGUCCCUGGCGAUCGCCAUGUCAUUCCCGCAGAACCUGAGAAGGCCGCCAACAUGUGGGCUGCUCUCGACUUGGCAGUGAAGAUCCCCGUCGUACGUGUGUUUGAGGGUACUGGAGAAGAGGCGCUGGAAGAGAUGGCAUCGGUGUCCAAGCAAGGAGCUUUCGGGAAGCUCGUCCUGAAGCAGCCCCUUCAGUGA